UUGAUGGGGAGAUCAGUACUAUUGAAUCCUUACAAUAUGAUUUUAGUACGAUAAGAGCUGCAACAGACAAUUUCUCUGAUGCUAACAAGUUGGGGGAAGGUGGAUUUGGUAUUGUUUACAAGGGAAAACUCCCAAAAGGAAACGAAAUCGCAGUAAAAAGGUUGUCCCAUGAUUCAGGGCAAGGUGACUUGGAAUUUAAGAAUGAGGUCUUGCUACUAGCGAGACUUCAACACAGGAAUCUGGUUAGGCUCUUGGGUUUCACUGUUGAAGGAAAUGAAAGACUUCUUAUAUACGAAUGGGUUCAGAAUGGAAGUCUCGACCGCCUUAUAUUUGAUCCAAACAGUCCGUGUAUGGAUUGGGAAAAGCGCUACAUAAUUAUCAGUGGUGUUGCUAAGGGACUUCUUUAUCUACAUGAAGAUUCUCGGCUUAGGAUCAUUCACCGAGAUCUCAAAGCUAGCAACGUUCUGUUAGAUGGAGAGUUGAACGCCAAAAUUUCAGAUUUUGGUAUGGCAAGAUUAUUUGUCCCGAACGAAACUCAGCACAGCACUAGCAGAAUAGUAGGAACAUAG